AUGUUGGACUCACAAAUUAACAUGCUGCUUUGUUUUCAGAAAAAGACGGACAAGAAGUUUACUACGCUGAAUAGAACUAAGAACUUUACGGAUCUGUUGGCCAUCAUCACGCCUGAUGAGCUGGAUGCCUUGCAGCACGCCAAACUGACGGAAGAGGAGUACGAAUUGUUGCAGAAACGAACAAAUGGCGCGUUUACUACAGCGGACCCAGGGCCUCCAGAGACCUCCGCCACUACCGUUAAAGUAACCGAGAAGACAUCGCGGCGGACAACUUCAAGAAGGGGACAGAUUUCUAAAGGCAACGAGACAUUCCCGCCGGGCGUGAAGUAUGACAUCAACGCUAUCAUAGCCAUCAUCGCCAACCUCACCUACGACUACGAGUGGAACCUCACCGAGGAGUUCAAUAGGACACUCAUUGAACACGGCGUGCCGACGUGCCCGACUGCCAGCACGCUCAGCACGACGCCCACCACGCCGGCAGCCUACGACUUCUCCAACACAUCCAUCGUGGGGAAGUGCUUCGUAUGCGGCCUCAGGACGCCCGAGAUCCCGCGCAGCGCCGCCUGCGCGGACGCGUUCUCGGGCGACUUCCUGCCGCUCGCGCCCAUCGACGCGCGCGCCAGAGGACAGAUCGCCACCUUCAGGAAAUACUGCAGACAUCUCGAUGUGCACAACUACGUGGAGAACCCCUCGGAGCCGCGGUCCAUCUACGGGCGCUUCACGGGCGGCUGCGGCGUGCGCUGGACGGACCUGACGGGCGUCUACACGCAGCGCACCUGCCGCGCUCGCUUCCGACCCAUGAUGGGCUUGCACUUUGCUAGCAAGAGGAUGGCCAAGCUGGAACUGGCCCUUAUAAACGUAGAAAACGGUUGCAUCGUGAGUCCAAUGGCAUCGCUAUUAGCGAUGUCCCGCGGCGUCUCCCUGUACGCACGCUUCCACGCCUGCGUGUGUUCCGGCAACUGGUGCAACCGCGCCCGCCGCCCCCUCCCGCUGUCAACCCUACCCCCCGCGCUCGCCCUACUGGCCACACGGGCCUGGAUCCGGCACUAAGACAUAGGCAGACUCCAUGCUUCUCGCGAAGUUGGUGAAUACGAGGAGUGUGGAGGGACACUUACUUUCAUUAACUUUUCUUUUAUACUCUUUCGUCAUUGGUCCAAAAUCGAAAAACCAUAUCGACUUUCACACAAUCCAUCCAUCGGUGCAAAGGUUUUGAGCAUGAACUUAGACAGAUAUAGGGGAAGAGGACGAGAAAAUGUCUUUAGUCCUCAAAAUUACAUAAGACAUCCCCAAAAACGCCCACCCUUCACCACUUCCUAAGUAUUAUUGCUGGGAAGAAGAAGCGGCGCAACAAACUCCCCAGCAACACAUGUCUAUCUGUUGGAUUCAAACCGAGGAACUUCACGAGUAGUGUGGCGAAUACAUGAUUCUUACAAUAGCCGAGAUAAGGGGGAUGUAUUUAUUUUUGUAUUUUGGUUUUGUUUUUGUAUUUUUUUUUUUACUUUUGUGAUAUUUUUCCCCGAGUAUAUACAAGUCAAUCAUGAA